AGAAUCCGACGGCAGCGUCUCGCCCCUCGGCUCACCGACGCGCCGCAACCUGAGUGCCCCGCCGUCGCCGACGCGCAACCGCAACCCGCUGGCCGGCAAGGACGACGGCGAGGGCUCGGAGGACGAGCUCGCCGACGAAGCAGACAACAUCCCGCACUACAGGGCCGACGGCAGCCUCGUGGGAGUGGUGGGAGGCGGAGCUGGGCCGUGGGCUGGUCUCCGUCGCGACGAGGAGUACGUGUGGGGCGCCAAGCCGCCUGGGGCGCCGGACUGGAAGGGCGACCGCAAACUGCAGGCUCCGCCGGGCUCCCCGCAGAAGGUGCGGACGAAGUCCAGCACCUCGGGACCGCGCCCGGCACUGGGGGACUUCCUGCUCGGU